GGCCCCUCCUUCCCAACGCCCAGAAAAAAAAUCCCCAAACCAAACCAAAGCCCCCCACUCCGCUCUCCUCCCAAAUCCGCCAUGCUCCCGCACCGCCGCCUCCUCCUCCUCGCCGUCGCUGCCGCGGCUGCGGCGGGCGCCGCCGCCUCCGCUAAGCCCACCGCCUACGAGGCCCUCGCCGGCUUCGACUUCCCCCCGGGGAUUCUCCCUAAGGGCGUGGUGGCCUACACCCUCAACAACGCCACGGGCGCCUUCACGGCCACGCUCGACGCCUCCGCGUCCGGCGCGGGCUCCUCCGUCUGCGAGUUCUCCAUCCAGGGCUCCUACUCGCUCCGCUACCAGACCAAGAUCACCGGCAAGAUCAAGCCCGACCACCUCACCGACCUCCAGGGCGUCUCCGUCAAGGUCCUCUUCUUCUGGCUCAACAUCAUCGAGGUCACCCGCCACGGCGACAACCUCGAGUUCUCCGUCGGCAUCGCCUCCGCGGACUUCGGGAUCGAGAACUUCCUCGAGUGCCCCACCUGCGGCUGCGGCUUCAACUGCAACGACCUGCUCAUGCUCCAGAAGCAGGGGGCCACUACCGCCAAGCUACGCCUGCGAGGUGCGUUCUAGAAUUCCACUCCUGCAGGUUGAAGGGAUGCCACUUAUGUAAGCUGCUACUGCUAGUUAUGUACGUCUUAGUAGAUGGGUUAAUAAAGAGAGGAAGGAUGAAAGGUCCCAGCUUUUAGAUGUGGGAUGGGAUAGCAAGUUCAGGACUCAGAUUUCAUGUAUCGCCAACUGUUUCAGACAGUUUAGGGACAACUUGAGAAGUAACUAAGAUCUUUCGGAUCUUUUAAUUUACAAGUCUAUGGAAGUUAUAAUCUUUCCCCUGUGA